AUGCUAUAUAGCAUAAAAGAACGGUUUGAAGACUUAGAGACCAGUAAGACAUUAGCAGUAUCAACUUUUCUAAUUCCUAGAUUUAAACAUGUGGGACUUUCAACUGAAGCUGUGGCAAAUCCUACAAAAAAGUUAAUUAUAAAUAUGGUGGCUCAUAAAAUGAUUGAAGAAAAACCAUAUCAAGAAAAUGAGAUUGAUCCCAGCGUUCCCUCUACUAGCAACCAAGUUACUAUAGAAAAGAAAAUAUAUAUUUGUAGCCACUCUGAAGAUAAAGCAGCUACAUUUCAUCCCAGUGGUACAUCCCCUUCGCUUGCUGUAGUUGAGGUCCAGAGAUAUUUAGAGGAUGAACUUUUAGCAUGA